UUUCGCUUUUAUCGAUUUUGAAAUCACGAAUAUUAUGAAUCUCGGUAAUUUUCAAAUUGUUUAAACUAUAGAAUUUUUAGCUUAUAGAUUUGAAGAUCUGAAGAUGGAUUUUGGGAAACCUUUUUAGCGAUAAUAGAAAUUGUUUUUAAUAGGAAAAUUUUUAAAACGUGGCAAUGGAGUCAGAGGGUUCGGAGAAAGAUGUUGUCCCAGUAGACGAUGCUUAUCGAAGGAAAUUAUAUAAAAGUAUGAAUCGCUUUCGAAAGGAGAAGAUUUUAUGUGACACAGUUCUAAUCGUCGAAGGCCAGAAGUUCCACGCUCACAGGAAUAUUCUAGCAGCGAGCAGUCCGUACUUUCUUGGUUUAUUUACAAGUGAAUUGAAUGGAGUGAAUCUGGAUGACGUUAUACAAGUGGUUGAGCUGGAAGGAUUCGGUGAAGUCAUCAUGGACGACUUGCUGAAUUACAUUUACACCGGCGAAGCAGGACUAAACGAAGAAAAUGUUCGUGAGCUGGUUUUUGCUGCUGAUUUUCUUCUCAUAAAUGACCUUAAGACAAAAGGAAGUGAAUUCAUGGAAGCUAAUCUCACUCCAGAAAACUGUCUGUCUGUCCGAGCAUUUGCAGAGAGGUACAACUGCAAAAAGCUGUUGAUAAAAGCCGAGAAUUUUAUCAUCGAGAAAUUCAUCGAGGUCUCGAAGUCGGAGGAAUUUUUACUCCUAGAAGCUGACCAGCUCGAGCGGUUGAUAUCGUGUGAUGAUAUAAUGGUCGAGAGCGAGGAAGAGGUCUAUGAAGGAGUCGUCUCGUGGGUCAAGCAAAAUAUCGGUCAUCGUAGGCCAUUUUUCCCAAGUCUGUUCAGCCGACUUCGAUUAUCGUGCAUUUCAAAAUACUAUUUAGCAGAAGUAUUAGAAAAAGAAGAGCUCGUAAUGAAUAGUUCAGAAUGUGUGAAGCUUCUUUACCAAGCCAUGAAAUCCUAUGUCCUACCUAAGCAAAUGAGCGAACUAAGCAUAGUCACCAAGCCCCGGACGAGUAUAACUAAAUACGUCGAUGCCAUUGUGACCAUCUGGGGACCUGGUGACGAGUUAAGAUCCUCAACCCAGUGCUUCAUACCGAGUGAUAAUCGUUGGUAUAGUCUGGCACCCAUGUUGAUACCUCGCUUCAGCCACGGUGCAGUACACUGCGAAGGAUUUAUCUAUACAGUAGGAGGGGUCUCUCUUAAUGGACAUCUGUCAAGUAUGGAGAGGUAUGAUUACAGGACUAACACGUGGUCGGGCGUGGCACCGAUGAAUAAGGAAGUGUCGGCUCUCGGGGUGGCUGAGUUGAAUGGUUUGUUGUAUACUGUUGGAGGGUGGAACAGAGGAAAACCUCUAAGCAGUGUUUCAAGGUACAAUCCUCAGACAAACCAAUGGCAGGAAGUGGCCCCUCUCACCACAAGCCGCGGGGGACCCUGUGUCAUCGCUAACAAACACCUCUACGCAAUUGGCGGGAAAACUGAACACCAUAGUGACCGCGACGUUUGUGUGUAUCUAAGCACCGUAGAAAAAUACGACCCGCGGAAAGACAAGUGGACAGAAGUCCCGCCAUUACAGACGCGGCGCGCGUACGCCGGAGGACUGGCGGUAAAUAGAAACCUCUUCGUGAUUGGUGGAACUCAGGACGAUCUCCUGUCGUCACACAACAGCUGUGAAGUCUUCGAUAUCGACACUCAAACAUGGAGCUUCAUUGGGAAUCUCAUUGUGCCGCGUGCAUUGUGUGGAGUAGUAUAUGUUUGCGGGAAUAUUUAUGUUCUCGGAGGAAAAAAGAAUUGCCGCGAAAGAACUAGUAAAGUGGAGUGUUAUGACUUUGAGUUGAACGUGUGGAGGGUGUUAGGCUCUGUGCCUAAUUGUAUUGGUGGGAUACAGUGUUGUAGUGUGUUGCUGUGCAAAGAAAUGGUUGAUAAUUUGCCCAAGAUUUCCUGACUUUUACAGGGUUAGGCAAUCAAAUGUGGCGUAGCGGUAUUGCAUUCAACUCUCACCUCUGGGAUAUCGGGUUCGAUUCAUGGUUUCGCCUUCCCUUAGUUACGGUUGCUAUGUCCCACAAGCUCAACAUAUUAGCUAGAAUGGAUGUCAAAUGUGGCGUAGCGGUAUUGCGCUCGCCUCUCACCUCUGGGAUAUCGGGUGCGAUUUAUGGUUUCGACUCCCCUUAGUUACCGUUGCUAUGUCCCACAUGCUCAACAUAUUAGCUAGGAUAUCUCAGAAAUUAAAAAUCUGAUCGUGGAAAAUCGAAUAGUGUGAGGUGCGUCGGCGUUUCUAAUGAAACAGUAAUGUUAAAAAGGUAAACUAAACACUGUGAAAAGAUGAAAAAACUCACUGACGUCUCGGACGCUAGUCCUUCGUCGAAGUAAAAAGACUAGCGUCCGAAACGUCAGUAAGUUUUUUCAUCUUUUCACGGUGUAUAAUUUACCUUUUUAUCAUUACUGUUUCGAAGAAUUAUACGUUAACGAUACUAAUGACGUCAUUGUCGUCAUGGAUAAGCAUUGCAAUUUAAGAAAUUCAGAAAAAACCUAAUUUACUACAAUUAAUCUAAUAUGUGAAAUAAUAUAUUCUGAGAAAUUUGUAUCUAUUUUUAUGUAAAAGUUUAGUUUUCACUGCAAAAUAUAAUUUCAAAAAUAUC